UAAUUAUUCCCCUGGAGACCCCCGUGUGGCCGUGACGAGCCGCCAAAUCCGUGCCCCCCCCCCCGAGUACGCCCUAUGCAAAUCCCGGGCAGGGGGGAGGCUGGGGCAGGAGGGAUCUUCCUGACUGCGCUCGAUGCUCAAGGGGUAAAAGCCUCUGCUGCUGGGCGUCCGGCAAGUCCAAGGAGGAAUCUACCGGCCGCCGAAUCUAUGGAAUAUUUAGAAUUAUCCUGGCAGGGAAUGCCGGUCACCGAGAGCGACGCGGCCCCUCCGGCCCCGUUCCUCUGCGGCGUUCCUCACAGCCUCGGCCUCCAUAUUAAAGCAGAGCCGCCGAGUCCGGCCUCGCAGAUGGACACCGCCGGAUAUUACAGCCCCGGGGGGCUCUCUGACACCAGCAGCAGCUACAGACUGUCCAUCGGGGGCCAGUCCCAGGGCCUGGAGUCUCCCGCCGCCCUGCUGGGGUUCUCGGACUCCGGGGAGAAGCUCUUUGCGGACAGCCCCCCGUCUCUCGGAGAGGAGACCGCCGUGCACUGCGUCCUCCGCUCUGUCCCCAAACGCCUCUGCCUGGUCUGCGGGGACACGGCGUCCGGAUACCACUACGGCGUGGCGUCGUGCGAAGCCUGCAAGGCCUUCUUCAAACGGACCAUACAAGGUAACAUCGAAUACAGCUGCCCCGUGCUGAAUGACUGCGAAAUAACCAAGCGGCGGAGGAAGUCCUGCCAAGCCUGCCGCUUCCGCAAGUGCCUGACGGUCGGGAUGAUGAAGGAAGGCGUGCGGCUGGACCGGGUGCGAGGGGGGAGACAGAAGUACAGACGCCCGGUGGAGGUGGAGGCUCCGGACCCCUGCUCAUAUCUGUCUUCCCACCACGUGUUCUCAGGGAAGAAGACCACAAACAAGGUGGUCUCGCACUUGAUCCUAGUGGAGCCCGGAGAGGUUUUCGCGACCCCCGACCCCAGCCUGCCGGAUAGCGACCUCCGCACGCUGACCACGCUGUGUGAGCUCAUCAACCGCGAACUUCUGAUGACCAUUGGUUGGGCAAAACAUGUCCCAGGUUUCUCGGCCCUGUCCCUCGUCGAUCAGAUGGCGUUGCUGCAGAGCGCGUGGAUGGAGGUCCUGGUCCUGGGCAUGGCGUACCGCUCUCUGGCCCUGAGCGACGAGCUGGCCGUAGGGGGUAACUUGGCGCUGUGCCGGGAGCAGUGCCGCCGCUCGGGGCUCCUCCACCUCCACGCCGCGCUCCUCCAGCUCAUCGGGAAAUUCCGCAAGGCGAAGCUGGACAGGGAGGAGUUCGUCGUCAUGAAAGCCAUGGCGCUCGCCAACUCAGAUUCCACGCACAUCGAGAACACGGAGGCCGUUUUAAGCUUACAGGACCGUCUGCACGAGGCGUUGCAGGACUAUGAGAGCGAGCACCACGCCGAAGACCCCCACCGAUCCGGCAAGCUGCUGAUGACCCUGCCCCUGCUGCGGCAGACGGCCAACGAGGCGGUCCGCACCUUCUGCCAGAUCCGGCUGGAGGGCAGGAUCCCCAUGCACAAACUCUUCCUGGAAAUGCUGGAGGCAAAGAUUUGA